AUGAAUUUGGAACCACAAAAGAAAGAUUGGAAACGUAGGAUGAGUGAAUUCCUGAUCAAAUUUAGAAGAUCAUCCUUGUUGAUGAUGUCAAUGACAAUUCACAAUUUACCUGAGGGUGUAGUUGUAGGAGUGGCUUUUGGAUCUAUUGGAUUGGGUAAAACAGGUAUUUCAAUUUCCAGUGCAGUAAGCUUGAGUAUAGGUGUAGGUAUUCAAAACAUACCAGAAGGGUUGUCAGUGUCACUUCCUUUGGUUCGAGAUGGUGCUGGAUUUGUUAAAGCAUUCCUCAUUGGAAGUGCUAGUGCCUUAGUUGAGAUUAUUGGUGGUUUAAUUGGCUCAGGUUUAGUAUACUUUAGCGAGAGUAUUUUGCCAUAUGCCUUGUCGUUUGCAGCAGCUUGUAUGGUCUUUGUCGUUGUGAAUGAGUUGAUUCCUGAAACAAUUACAAAACAUGGCCAUGGUUGCGAGCCAAAAUCAGAUUUGGUUCCAUCCAAGUUGGAAGAGGGCAAAGGAUCCUCUCUGUCAUUGGAACCCAUCUCUAUUGUGGAGCCAAUUCGGAAAAAGAGACCUCGUUUCUACAAGUUGACGAGUAGAAUAGGGCUCACUGGCUUCUUUUUGGGCUUCAUUGUCAUGAUGAUUCUUGAUUUAGUUUUAUAA